GUUACUCUUGAGAAGUUGAAAGGAAGGAUUUUUAAAAAAAAUUACUUUGGCUUGAUUAGUGAGAAUGGAAAGAGGAAAAGAAAAUGAAGGACGAACAAAAGGGGAAGAUAACAAAUCAUUGGUGUCAUCCGUUGUACUUCACGAGGACAUUGUCAAUCUUAUAGAUUUCAUAGAGAGGUUAAGUAAUGGGCGUGUUCUAACUUCUCUUGACAUAGAUCAAAUUGAAGAUUUGACAUUGGAGCUGACGUUUGUGUCCGCAUUUUGUCAUCUUUAUUACUCUUUCUUUUCGGAAGGUUGUAAUGACGAAAUGUAUUGCAUAUCAAAUGAGAUUCAUGAUCUGGUUCAGUCACUUUUGCAUCGACAUGGAGAAGACAUGCUCGUUAAUAUGAAUUAUCAUGACCUCUUUGAGAAUAUCAAAAGUUAUAUUAGCUAUGCUGAACCAAGUCGUGUAACCACGACCGAGGAUGGUUUGGUUGAACUUUUGGAUGCUAUCCUCAUGUAUCUCCAAUAUCUACCCAAGUUGUGUUCUGAGUUUAUUUUUACAUCAGUGACUCAAUAUGAGCUUCUGCAGAAUGUAUUUGGCAAUUUACGAAAUUUCCAUAGGUUGAAAGUAAAUGGUUGCGUUGAGUAUGAGACAAUCGAAUAUGUCAUACCCCAUCUUCAACUUAUGGCUCAGAGAGUUGUAAACUUCUGUUUUACUCUUUUGUAUUGUCAAUUUGACGAAUUAGAUGAAUCAGAUGUCUCUCGAGUUAACUCCAAGCUAGCUAAUCUACUUGUGGAGGUUAUUCCUGUUGAACUGGAGGUUAUGCACAUAUGUUGUACAAAUUUGAAAGGUUCAAAGUCGGAAGAAGUUGGACGUUUCAUCAAUCAGCUUGUAGAAGCCUCUCCGGACAUUCUUAGAGAAUCUCUGAUUCAUCUACAAGAGCACAUAGUUAAUGCUGUUACUCCCAGCGCUUCUACGUGUAACAUUCAUGUCAUGAUAGAGUUCCUAUUGAUUAUUCUUACUGAUGUGCCAAAGGACGACGUUAUUCGUCAUGACAAAUUGUUUGUUCUCUUGGCACGUGUUAGAGAACUUACCAAGGAGGUAUUCGUUCUUGUUCGCAACUUAGAAGAGAAUAUGAACGCAACAAGCGGUACAGGUCUAAACUUGCUGGAAAAUAUUGAACUCCUCAAGGAAGAUCUCAAGAAUGUUUUCUUGAAAGCCUGUGCAGACUCAUCUCAGCUCCGCUUCCCCAUGAGUGAUGGACCACUCUUCAUGACUCUUCUACUCACAAACUUAAAUGACUUGGUCAAUUCAAAUGCUUCUUCAGUUGCUUUGAUAAAAGAAGAAAUUAAGCAGCUAGUUUAG